UUUGAUGUAAAAGUCGUUUGCACUGCCCGCUGCGUUUUCAUAAGGGUAUAGCAAGACAAAAUCUACCUUAAAGUCUCUUAGCAAGAAACACAGUGUGUACAUCAUGCCCUCAAAAGCAUAACAUUAAACAUGCUUUCUGGAAGUCCAGGGAUCAACACUAUCGGUUGAACUGUGGAAUCGUCAGUCUGGGAGAUAUUGAUUAAUACCAUUUUAAUUGCUGCAAUUGAUGUUAAUAACGAUCUAUAUGAGCAACUAUAUAGUGACUAUUUCUAAUUAGUACCUUUGUAACACAUUUUAUUUUCUGGGCUACCUAUACAUAAUAUGUUAGACUUACUACAAGAGACUGAUGAGAAUUGAUGAAUAACUUGUGUAUUAAGUUAAUGCCUUUCAUGUGCCACUCUUAUCAGAGUGAAAAGGUCAGAUUUAUUAGUGUGGUGCCACAUCAAAAGACAUUGAAAGCCGAAGCCGAAUCCACUAGUUAUCCUUUGAAAUGAAUGAUGGAGUGCAGAGUCUAUAACUACUCAUGGCAAGACCAGAGUUUAGGUGCCUGCAUAUGGAUGUUUAUUGUAUUCCUGGUUUUAUAUUUUCUAUAUGUACUCUUUAGACAUGAAAAGUGAAGCAUUUGCUCCACAAAACAUUACACAAUUACUGAGCUGGGGUCUUUUCUGCGUACGUCUAACAAUGAUAUGCUCUUAAUGGUACAUUGAAAUAUUUAUACCAACGCUGAAAGUGUUGUAAAUAUUUGCAUAAGCAGCGGGUUAUGUGUUUCAGUCUGUUAUAACCGUUAGAUAUCCAUAUUUGACUCAAUUUGGCACCUUUUUCUAGUGAUUACAUUACUCCUCUGAAAAAAACCAUGAGCCAACAUGCCUGGGCAGUGAAAAAGACGCAGGCUGCGCAGCAUUACAUCUGUAUAUUUCCCCCACAUCAGUGAUACCCUAAAUGGUGUAUGAUUACUUUUCCUCUAUCCCCAGUGUUCCACAUAGUGUUGCAUCAGAAGGGCUGAAUGUUGAAUUUGUAUUUGAUUUAUUUUGCCGUUUCUAAGCUCAGUGAACUCGUGGGCCAAAUUCCCAACUUUGGGAGCUGUCGUUUGAUUGAAAAUGUGCCCAGUCGUACAUGUUACACAACGAUCAAAAAUAUUUCUGAGUAUGGCAUAUAAUAGAAUACUCUUACUGGCUACACGAAGCUCCGGCCAGCUUGAGCGCAUGCACCGUUCGGAUAAGACCGUGUUUAGUUUGAAUAUAUCUCAUGCGAACAUAUUAUACGAGGGGGCGCACUUUCGACAUUGAUAGACAAACUGUGUCUCCGUGUGUGUUUUCUGUGUGCGAUUGGCGAAUUUAGGGAAUACUUCCUAAAAAUCGGUUCUCUGCAGUAAUUCAGAAACUGGGGGCUUAUAAUUGGCUUAUGACUAAAUGGCAAACCCUGUGCCAUGGGUUGGUUCAGGAGUUUUAUAUGUUGGUAGGGUCACGAGCUGCGUGGUUUUCUUGCACUUGUUUCAGUUGGCAUGUUUGUCUUGGAGUCAUGUCAAUUUCUUUCGAGCUUGGCUCGGUUACACACAGUAUAUUGAUCUAAAAGCCUGGGUGAUGUAUGGGUUCUAAUGGCCUCAUCAUUAUUAGAACCACCAUGACCCUGAUCAGACCAUGGGGGACUCGGGUUGCUACUUUGUUAUUAAAUAGCCGCCAGAUCUAUAGGUGAAGAAUGGCAUACAUCUGUCAUUGCGUAGUUAAGUAAACACAUUGCUGGAAUCCUAUUCAUCUUUAGGCUAGGUAUCCUAGGGUCACAAAACAUUUGUUUUCUUUGCAACUUGUGUUGUGUAGACAUACGUAUGUGUUCUUAUGAAAAAAUUACCGACGGGAACUAUGAUUGAAGAAUAAAACAGCUGAAAUUGCUUUAUAGUUGUCUAAACACAGAGCUCUGACAGAUAUAAAACCGGGUUUAAAAUGGUAAAUUAGGCUACGUUUAACCUUCAAGUCUUUGAUUUGAUUUCCUUUCCAAGCUCCAAUUGCUGUGUAUCAAGUCAGUUAGUAGUAAAGUACAUUUAAUGCCAGUCUUGUCUUAACGUGAUGGACUAGUUCCAUACUGUGCUAAUACAAGAAAUGUGAACAGAUCUGAUUAGACAAUGCGAUGUUUUAAGAUGCGAAAGGAUCUUGAUAUUCGAGCUCAACAGCCAACCUAAUUACACCCCUCCCUUCCUGGUAGCACCGUGUUGAUUGGCUGCGAUUGCUUAUGGCUCGGUCCGAGCCAAUACGUUUGCCCUCUACUAUAGAGCCAUGACUGUACGAACCACGGAUUUUUUUUUAGCGUAACCGCUGAAUGGGCAGCUACUGGAACAUAAAGAGCAAUUUGCUGAAUUUGUCAAAAAGUGUAUGGGAUUAGAUUCGCGGACCGACCCUUUAAUGUUGGAGAUUAUAUAGUAGUGACGAUAUUGCUUGUUAUUCCCAUCGCCAUAAUAAAUAAUGCUGCAACUGUGUCAUUUUCAAUUGUAUAGAGAAUGCAUAUGUUAAACUCUUAAUCACAAAUUAUAUUUUGGCCACUUUUAAACAUAACCCUAACUGCCCUUGCAUAUAAAUAUUGCCAUUCAUAUACUAGAGUCUGAAUAUAUUAGCUGCAGGCUCCUUUUGCAUUCAUCUGUAUAACUGUUAUUUAUUAGACGCUCCUUCUGUGAGGGAGAGCGGCUGAUUUUCAGCAACUGUAAAGGAGGGGUCAAUGGUGGCCAUUCAUCAUGAACUCGCGUGUGAAAUCAUUGCAUUCCCCUUGUAGUCAUAGCAUGGUGCAACGCAACCUGUUCGCUGUCUCCUCGACUUCAUCUCUCGUCCUGGAAGGCGUGUACAAACAGUGGGAGGCAAUAUCUCGGGAGGAUGCUUUGCUUUUGAAACUUUCUGUAGUCACUGUGAAUGUAACAUCCGAACGUGAGAAAUGUUUGUCACAAAUGCUUAAACCGAAAGCACUGCAUUAGUAAGCCACAGAGGUACUGCAAAGCACACUUUUUCAUAGAGAGACAACGUGCCCGACGUGCGUAAAGGAUUUCAUUGUUAAGGAAAACCUCGAGCGCAUGGAUGGGAUGGCUUAUUUACUGAACGCUCCACGAUGAUGGUACGAGACGAGGGUUUCGCCCCUGCUAAGCUGUUCAGAACCGUUUCCUGCAGAUGCAUUGACAAGAUUUAAGGAUUUGCAAACGGAGGUUCCAGCUGACUGAAGAAUCACAUCACAAGAUGGAUGGAAUCAACUUCACUUACUGGAACGCCUCCGAUGGCAACGACACAGUGCCUGCCGUCACCCACCAGAGCCCCUACAAGACUGUGGAGGUGGUGUUCAUUGUGUUGGUGGCCGGCUCCCUCAGUCUGGUGACCGUCAUCGGCAACAUCCUGGUGAUGCUUUCCAUCAAGGUCAACCGGAACCUGCAGACUAUCAACAACUACUUCCUGUUUAGCCUUGCAUGCGCCGACCUCAUCAUUGGCUUGUGCUCCAUGAACUUGUACACGGUGUACAUCGUGAUCGGGUACUGGCCGCUGGGGCCCGUGGUGUGUGACCUUUGGUUGGCACUGGACUACGUGGUGAGCAACGCGUCCGUCAUGAACCUGCUCAUCAUCAGCUUCGACAGGUACUUCUGCGUCACCAAGCCCCUCAGCUACCCCAUCAAACGCACAACCAAGAUGGCGGGUAUGAUGAUUGCCGGCGCCUGGGUGCUGUCCUUCAUCCUGUGGGCACCAGCCAUCCUCUUCUGGCAGUUCAUUGUCGGUGGCCGGACGGUGCCUGACAAGGAGUGCUACAUCCAGUUCUUCUCCAACGCGGCAGUCACCUUCGGCACGGCCAUUGCCGCCUUCUAUCUGCCCGUCAUCAUCAUGAUUGUGCUCUACUGGAGGAUCUCCAAGGCCAGCAAGAGCCGCGUCAAGAGGAACGCCCGCAAGCCUUCGGCCGCCAACCCGGCCGCCGUGUCACCGAGCCAGGCGCGUGGCCACGCGGCCAAGCCCACCAACAACAACGUGACCGGGGAGGACCCCAACCGGGGCCAGACGCAGUCCACAGAAGACGUGGCCAACCAGCACGACGGCAAGCUCCAGAAUGGCAAAGGCCCCUCCAGCACUGCUGGUGAGGGCGAGGGGGAGGUCGACGAGGCCCCCAAGGACAAUGGCGUCCCCGGGGAGGAGAAGGACAGCUCCAACGACUCCAGCUCCGGCAGUGGCACCGCCCACAACCAGAAGAUGGAGGACGCAGCAGCAGCGGCGUCCACUGAUGGUUGUAGUGGCACCGUCGAGGCCGGCCAGCCUGUUACAUGGCGCCGGACCAAGGCCGGCGGCUCCAAGCUCACCUGCAUCAAGAUCGUCACCAAAUCGCCAAAGGGCGACUGCUAUACGGCCUCUAACGCCACAGUGGAGAUCGUCCCCAGCACCCAGAAGCAGGACCAUGUGGCGCGCAAGAUCGUCAAGAUGACCAAGCAGGCCCCGAAGAAGAAGAAAGGGCCGCCGUCACGCGAGAAGAAAGUCACUCGGACCAUCAUGGCCAUCCUGGUGGCUUUCGUGGCCACGUGGACGCCCUACAACGUCAUGGUGCUGAUCAACACUUUCUGUGCCAGCUGCAUCCCCAACACCGUCUGGACUAUUGGCUACUGGCUCUGCUACAUCAACAGUACAAUCAACCCGGCGUGCUACGCCCUCUGCAACGCCACCUUCAAAAAGACUUUCAAACACCUCCUGCUCUGCCAGUACAAAAACAUCAGAUCAGCUAGAUGAACAGAUGUGUCUGUGUGUGUGUGUGUGUGUAUCUGUGUGUGUGUAUCUGUGUGUGUAUCUGUGUUUCUGCGU